GUUUGAGAGAUUAAUGUUUCUCAAAAAAACUUGUGCUCAGGCAAAUUCAGUUUCAAAUAUUCCCUCUAUGCAAUUAGAUGCUGUAACAUCGAACUCAAUAGUCAACUCUUUACAAUCUUGUGAUAUAGUGGUGGAAGAUUCUAUAUCUAAUGAUAUAUCUUCUUAUAAUAUUUAUUAUGACGAAGCAUCACAGGCAAUAUCUCAGAGCUCACAUAGUGACUUUGAAGGAGUAAGUGCAAUUACAAAUACAUCACUUGAGAUGGGUCCGCCACCUAAAUUUCCUUCAGAAUCUGUUACUACACCUUGUUGCAUUACUAUGCAACUACAUUAAGAAAAAGAGGCCCCUCAACAACAAAUAGAGAAUGUCAAUGCAACUACCAGAAAGCGACCAUCAGAAAAUCAAUUAUUCUCUAAAAGAGGAUCAAAACAGAAAACGCCAAGUACAUUAAUGACAGAGGCUGUAGAGGUUCUAAAACAAUUUUGUACAUCAGAUCCACCUUCUUCAGCCUCAUCCUCUCAGAUCGAAACUGUUACUGAUACAGCUCAUACCCUGGCACUAUUUGUAGAAACCAGGCUUCGUUCAUUGCCUUUUGAGAUCCGAAAAGAAUGUG